AUGGCGCUCAAGAUAUCUGAGAAGGAUGGGAAGAAGAAGGAGGCGCAGCCACCAUCUGGGGAGUGCACUCACAACCUCCAACUUCUCCUCGGCGGGGAGUUGGAUGAAGAUGACGAGGACGACAUGUCUUGGGAUGGAGAUUUCUUCUCCUUGGAGGAAAAAGUUGAUUCUUCAUCAACCGAGGAGGAUUCGGUAGCAGGAGGCUACCUACUUGGUGGGUCGUCGGAGGAUGACAACGACGAUGAUGAAGAUGAAGAAGCCGAAGACAGCAGCGGCUUCAGCAGCGACAGCGGUGGAGACGAUGACGGCGAUGACGAUGGCAACGACGACGACAAUGACGCCAGCAUGGCUCCUCCGAUCAAGCGUAGCAGAACCUCCAGCACCUACUGGUGGUAG